CCGUCGUAAACACAUACACGCGCGCACACUUGCACAUACACACGCACACACUCGCACGGAGACGCGCGUGCGCUCAUUUACGCGAAGCGCCGGUGUCGCCGCCGCCACCGCCGCCGUUGUCGUAGCACCACCGCUGCCGGUCACUGGUACCGUUGCUGUCGAUGUCAGUCCACCACGAGACCACGACACGCAUUUGUCUUGCGUCACACAACUUGCACGUCUUUUCACUCUGUCCAAAAAAAAAUUUACUUACACAAAAUCUUAAAUAAAAAAAAAAAUCACACACACACACACACACACACAUAUAUAUUUUCAUACAUAUAUAUUAUAUACUUAGAGACGUGUAUACCUAUAUACAUAUAUGUGUGUAUGUAGUAUGUAUGUAUGAAUUUUUAUACAUGUGACAUGUUAUAAUAUUAUUAUAUUGUCGUAAUAUAAUAUUAUAAUCUCUGAAUUCCGACACGUUGCCCGUCGGACGAAAUAUUAUUAAUCGACCGUUAUCGGAUGAGACCACGCGACGACAACAAGUCGUUCGUACUCUGAGCGGUUAAGACAUAAAAUAUAACAUAAUAUUAACAACAAAAAUAUAAUACACAAAAACUCGCUAUCAUCGUAUUCAGUUAUUAUCACACUUUUACCUUGUGAGACAACGACGACAACGACGAGACAACGGACAAAAUUUUUGCCGGUAUCGGCGUCGAAGGGGGCUUUUGACGGGCCGUCCACCAGCGGCAACGCAACGUACGUAUUCCGCACUGGCAGAAUACACACGUGUUGGCACGUUUCCACGCUUUACACAUUCAACGAGAACAGAUUUAAAACAGAGCAUUGACGGUUUAUCAGAUUCUCAAACGGACUACUUAAAGAAAAAUCUUAACUCAAGUUUUCAAGAGAAGCAUUGAAGCAUAAUGGCGGCUUUUGUGGCAAAGCAAGUGGUCGGAAACAAAUUAAACGCCGUAAAAGGGGCAGUGGGCGAUGGCGGUGAAUCGGCCGAGGACAAAGAGAAAAACGCAGAAGCAGAGAGGGAACGGUUGGAGGCAAUCCGGGAGGCCGAGGAAAGACGCAAAGAGAAGCACCGCAAAAUGGAGGAAGAGCGGGAGAAAAUGAGACAAGAAAUCCGAGAUAAGUACAACAUCAAGAAGAAAGAAGAAUUACCCGAACCGGUACAAGAGGAGCCCGCCAAUCCGUUGAUGCGCAAAAAGAAAACGCCCGAAGAGUUGGCCAAAGAGGCAGAAAUGGAAGAAGAGGACGAAUUUACGAAGUUGAAGAAUACCAUCGAGACACAAGUGAACGAACUCAAGUCUCAAAUCGAGAGCAAGUGCAGUCUCCAAUGAGAUGUGUUCAAAAACAAUGCGGAACAAUACAUAAGAUAACCUAAUUGCAAAAAAAAAAACAAAAAAAAAUUUUAAAAACC